AUGAAAGACGCGAUAUCAGUCUGGCAAUCCUUUGUAAACCUCUCAUUAUCCAGACGCCCUUCGCAAAAAAUUAGAGUACCCACAGAAGAUUACCAUGAUGCGCCCCCUACCAGAGUUUACAUUGGUGGUCUAAACGAUCAAUACAAACGUGCAUUAACUAUAUCCUUUAUUGGAGUCCUUGGAAUCCUUUCUGGGGUGUUUAUUUUACUAGUAAAACCAUACGACAUCUUGUACCAAUGGAAAAGCACGUUCUCAGAAGGCGGUGAGAUUUUCGAAAUGUGGAGGACACCUCCGGUUGAUCUAUAUCUAAGAGUUUUCCUGUGGAAUGUCACAAACAAGGAAGAUUACAUGAGCGGGAAGGAUUCGAAACUAAAAGUUCAAGAAGUUGGACCCUACGUGUACAAAGAAUUAAUGUCGCAUGAAAAUGUCACAUUUUUCGAAAAUGGCACCCUGUUCGCAAACCCUAGACAUAAAUUAGUUUGGGUCGAAGAACUAUCAGAAGGAAGAAGGGAGGACGAUCUAGUAAUAAUGCCAAACAUCGCCUUAUUGAGUAUUGCCCAUGUAGUUUCAGACGACUCAUAUUUUACCAAACUAGGACUAAACAUGCUUAUUCGUCAAACAAACUCUGAACCUUUGGUUCAAAUGACUGCUAAAGAGUUCAUGUUUGGUUACAGCAGUACUUUGAUGACCUUGGGAAACAAGUUCAUGCCUGCUUGGAUCUAUUUUGAUAAACUUGGCCUCAUAGAUAGAAUGUAUGAUUUUGACGGUGACUAUGAAACCGUGUACACUGGAAGGGACGAUUUAAAAUUGGGAGGACUUUUGGAUACAUACAGUGGUUCUACCAAGAUUCCCCAAUGGGACAGUCCAUGUGGAGAUAUUAAAUACGCAUCUGAUGGUACUAAAUUCAACAGUAUGAUUCAACCAAAUGACACGUUAAAAUUCUUCAGAAAAAGCAUGUGCAGAGCUAAAAAUUUGGUUAGGGUUAACGAGACGGUUCAUACAAACCUUAAGGCUUACGUUUACACCUUCGAAAAUUCGGAUGAUAAUGGAAAAUACGACGAACGGAAUCAAUGUUUUUGCAAGAACAAGAAUAAAUGUCUGCCACCGGGUCUUUUAGAUGUUAAUGGUUGCUACUAUGGUUUUCCUAUUGCACUAAGUUACCCGCAUUAUUUGGAUGGUAAUGAAUUUUUAUCUUCCAGAAUUGAAGGUGUCCACCCAGACGAGAAUAAGCAUAGAUCGUACUUUGUCAUUCAACCAGAUUCCGGCCUUCCCCUUGAUGUAGCUGUAAGAUAUCAAAUCAACAUGGCGUUGGGGGAUAUAAAAACAAUUGCCAAUAGCGAACGUUUUGACAAUAUGAUUCUACCUCUCCUCUGGACAGAAUCCAGGUUAUAUCAAUUGCCGACAUCUUUGAGUGUCAAAUUCAGGAUGUAUCUGAAUGUACUGCCCAUGGUUGAAGAAUGUGGGAUGUACCUCCUUUUCAUAUCGGGCGUAUUUUUGAUCCUGUAUUCCAUCAAAAAAUUGGUGACGACCAGCAGCAGCAGAAAUAUUUUUAACUCUUCCUGGGUGGAGGACGAUUUUGUCAUAAAUAUGGACAAAAAAAUCUCCAACUAUAUUCCCGAAAAACGAGCUAGCAUGACAGCGAAGGAGUUGGAGCAGUAUAUUACUAGUUUGGUGACUCCUUUAAAUCAAGAAAUAUCUUUUCAGGAGUUUUUGGAGAUGAGGGAAGAAAUUGUGUGA